AGGAACUGGGUACGUAUGGAAAUCGCGGACUUUGCAUAUUGCAUAGCUGGAAGCAAGAGAGGCUAUAUUUUAUCUAUAUAUUUAACCGUGUUUUAUUCCCAGAUUGCACAACCACAUUCGCCAUUAAGGUCUGCCUCUCAUGGCAAUGAAGAAAAAGUGAUCAACUUUGUUACCAAUUCGUUCAAACAAAUCACGGACCUAAUUCAACGUACACUCCAACCUAGGAUUGAGCGCAACGUGUUCCAACAGCCGGAAAGCUUCAUGACCACGCCAGAAAUUAUUGCCUUUCGAGGCUACCCUGUGGAAAUUCACCAUGUUGUAACCGAUGAUGGAUACAUCCUUGAACUCCAUCGAAUUCCUUCCGGAAGUUGGGAAACUUGCUUCAAAAACAGAACAAUACGGCGAAAGCCUGUGUUCCUGCAGCACGGGAUGAUGACAACAGACCAUACCUGGCUUUUUAGUUCGUCCAACAAUUCACUAGCUUACAUUUUGGCGGACAACGGAUACGACGUAUGGUUGGGAAACAGCAGAGGGAACGUUUAUUCCAGGAAACAUGUUUCUCUGAAUCCCGACACUGACAGAGAAUACUGGAACUAUUCAUGGGAUGAAAUGGGCAAGUAUGACAUCCCGGCCAGUAUCGAUUACGUUCUGAAUACAACAGAAGAAAACAAAUUGGCCGCCUAUUUUGGAUAUUCUCUUGGCGUCGGCACAUUUUUAAUGGGUGCAAUCCAGCAUUCGGAAUUAAACGACAAAGUGGAAGUCAUGAUUGGACUUGGACCGACUGUCAAUGUGGCCCAUUUAAAUAAUUUUUUCCGGUACAUGGCGCCGUUUGUUAAAAUCUAUCAAUUUUUGCAGGAACUAUUGGGAAUCGGUGAAGUUCAUAGGACUGAUGGUCUUUUUCACUUAUUGACUCGCCUUUUAUGUGAAACUUCUCAUUUUGGUGUAGAAAUCGGGAAGAAUAUUCUCUUCCAGAUAUUUGGCUACUCCGAAACUUAUGAAAAGAAUUUCGCGUUUCGCUCCAGCGGUCAUUAUCCGGGCGGUGGGUCAGCGAAUACUAUGGCCCAUUUUUUCCAAAACAUAAACUCUGGUGAUUCAUUUCUUCACUUUGACUACGGAUCAGCUGAAAAUUUGAAGCGGUACGGAACGACUUACCCGCCCGAGUACAAUCUCACUAAAGUGACCGUACCCGUCUAUUUGGUCUAUGGCGACAAUGACCCGUUUGCGCCAAUUGAGGACUUGUCUUGGCUGAUAGAAAGAUUGGGCAGUUUGAAAGCCGCUAUUCGGGUGGACAGCCCUGGGUUUACCCAUGGCGACUUUAUAUGGUCAACUCGUCUCGCUGAAUUAGUAAAUCUUCCUGUUAUCGACCUAAUACCAUCUAAUUUUCACUGAACAACCCCAGAGGCUGUGACACGAUUCAAAAAAAAAAUUGUUUAAAGAAUUGCAUUCGAGAUGCAAAUCUAAACAUUUAUUGCGUUCGAAAUUGCACGAUAAAUUGUAUAGUUGAACCGCACCAUAAAAUAUACAAAUACCCAUACGUGAAA